AUGUAUGAGGAUGGAGUGGAUGGUGAUUCCCUGAAAGAAGUGUUGGCCAAGGCAUGCAAGAAUAUUGAUAUUGGCGCCGCGGUCCUUCCAAAACCAUUAUUGAAUCCUGAUGUCGACGAAAUCGAUUACGAUGAAAGCAAGCACGAGGGAGUCGCUCCCGAGCAAACCCAUGUCAAGACGACUCGCUAUGCUCGGACUCUGUCUCGUGAAUUCAACGCUGUAGUGGUUGAGCAUCAUCUGAAAUGGGCACCCAUGUGUGUGGACGAACCUGGGCCUUGUCCAGGAGGAGAAUCUUCGAAUCGAUUGGGCCGAUACGACUUUCAUCACGCUGAUGCUAUUGUGGACUGGGCUAUCAAACAUAAUAUGAAAGUCAAGGGCCAUGUCCUGGCCUGGCACGUCACGUCACCAGGUAGUCUACUAGAAGAAAUGUCACCACAACAGGUCAAGGAAGAACUUCGGCGUCACAUUUUCACCACCAUGGGACACUUUUAUGGUAGAAUAAAGACGUGGGAUGUGGUCAAUGAGGCUUUGGCUCCGGACGGCUCGUUGGCAGACAGUGUAUUUUUGCGUAAAUUGGGGCCUGGAUACAUUGAGCAGUGUUUUCGAUGGGCCCAUCAGGCAGAUCCUGACGCGAUUCUGCUGUACAAUGACAACAAAGUGGAGGGUAUGAAUGGACCGAAUGCUAGAAAGGCCGAUGCCUUUUAUCAGCUACUGGCUGAUCUCAAACGGAGAAAUGUCCCAAUACAUGGCUGUGGAAUCCAAGCACAUUUUAAUGCGAGCGGUGUAGGGAAAAAUCGGCCACCGACCCCUCGAAUGGUCAAGAAUCAAAUUCAUCGAAUUGGGAAACUAGGAUUGUCAGUGAACAUUUCAGAGAUGGAUGUUCGAGUCAGUCAGUUGCCACCGAAUCUACGACAAAUUGCUCAACGGCAAAUCUACAGAGAUAUCAUUGCGGCAGCCUUGACAGAAUCUUGCUUUGAUGGAAUUUGGACGUGGGGAUUUACGGAUCGACACACUUGGGUCACGCACUUUUAUUAUGACGAUGAACCCUUGCUGUUUGACGAAGAGUACACUCGAAAGGAGGCCUACUAUGGGCUUCGUGAGGCAUUGAGCUCGAUUGCACCCGGAGGUGUAGUUGGAGCAGGCGUUCCACUAUACCAGGAUGAAGAUGAAGAUGGCAACACAUGGGGACACCUGUGGAUACAAGGAGAACCAGAGUCUGAAAACGAACAGCUGCUUGAUGUAGAGGGUGAAGCUAAGCCAGAUUGGGAACUGGAGUCGGAGACAGCGAACUCGUACCAGUUGAUGUAG